UCCGAUGUCGCAGCCAUACUGUGCAUUAUAAAGUGGAGUGGACGAUCACGUGUUAUCUGCAAAUUGUGUUUCGUCCUUGCGACCAUGGCAAGUAAGCAGGCUGCCUGCAUGGCCUGUCGAAGGAGUAAGAUCCGAUGUAAAAGAGGUCCCGGAGCCGAUACUUGCGAGAAAUGUGUUGGGUCAGGUAUCGAAUGUGUCAUACCAGGGGGCUUUCAUAUUGGACGUCAAAAAGGAGUCAGGAAUAAACGGACUGGGCUCGAAAAGGCGCUCCACCAGAUCGAAGAAGCCAUUAAAAAGUCUAAAGCGGACCCAACCUCAAGCGAGAAUACUUUGGAGCAAUUGCAGCAACUUCUCCUUGAGGCGCGAGGUAGUGGGGCUUCUUCGAAUAGCAGCCCUUCGAGCAGCGUCCCUGCACCUUCAGAAGGGGUGGCGCAUGUGAGCGACGAUCAGCAAGCUUUGGAUGACGCUGAGAACCCCCUGCAACUGCUUGCACGCGCCUCGGACCUACGCUUGACGUCUCCGCAGUCAAGCGACCAUAUGUUUACUCCAUCCACAUCACAUAAAGGCAGCGACGUGGACCAACAGUCUGAUGUCCACCGAUUUUUCUUACCGAUCAAAGCCAGCCUUGAUCUUGGGCCCAGUUAUGAUCCCAUUGACUUGGGACUAGUGACUGAGGAAGAGGCCGAGCUACUCCUGUCGUUCUAUCAUGAGAAGUUGGCGCAUACCCGUUGGGGAACUGACAAGGCGACACACACUCUGGAUUUCUGCCGUAGGCAGUCAGCAUUCCUUCUCACUUCGCUUUUGGCAGCAUCUUCCUUGUUCUUACCCUCAGCCGCUGCCAUGUGCAAACGCCUGCUUGUGCAUAGGAAAUUUAUGGCCGAGCAGGUGAUUGCGCGGAGGUUUCGCUCGGUAGAGAUCGUUAUAGCGUUUAUGGUCAAUGUGCCCUGGAUGCAUCCUGGAGUGAAUGCCGGCGACGACGACACCGGGCUAUACAUGUCCACAGCGCUGAGCAUAGCGCUAGAUUUAUCGCUCAACAAAAUUAUCGUGCCAUCGUCAUGUUUCGACCAAGAAAUACUCAAACGAGUGCCAAAAGGGCAUUGCCUCGAUGCAAGAAAGGCUCUGACGAUGGACGGUUUCGAAGAUGCUGAAGUCAUGUCAGAGUUCGGCAAGCAGAUGCUUCGGAGACGCGAACGAGCCUGGAUCGCACUAUUUGUGCUGGAUCGUGGCAUUGGACUGGCGCGUGGCCGUGCCUUUUGUGCUACAGUCACGCCACUCAUCACGUACUGCGACGUCUGGCACAUCGACAUGACCCCAGAUCCACAAGAUGGGCCACUGGUGUCUAUGGCCGUUUUAAGACGCGACCUUGACGACCUCUUCAGAUCCGUACGCUCCAAAUGCGACUCGUACCAAGCUAGCGACAUUGGGUCAAAAGCCGCCGAGGAUAUCGAGUCGACCAUUGAGGGAUUUUUCAACACAUGGAUCGCGAAGUGGACCCACACCAUCGGGGAAGGAGAGCAGAAGAUCCUACCACCAUAUGUUGAGAUACUGCUCCCACAUACGCGACUGUCGGCCUAUAGCCACGUUAUCAAUCAUCCCACCGCGCCACUCGAGGUCAAACGUCUGCUCCGUGGCUCUACAUUGUCGGCGGCCCUGAAUGUCCUGCGUGUGGCAAUACAAGGUGAAGUGCGUUUGAAGUCUAUGCCGAACAACACGGUGACGAUGAUAUGCUUUGCCGCCUGCGUGGCGCUAACUCUGAGCGCGCCAUCUCCAUAUGGAAGCUAUAAUCUAGCACCGAGCGUUCGCAAUCUGAUUGAAGAAACAGCCACUGUUCUGGAACGCAUUGGAAGUACACCAAGCCACAGGAAUGGGGCCUCGGUUAUCUACGGCAAGAGUCUGCGUGAGUUGGUCAAGCGGGCACCAGAGCUCCCUCCACUUGUGCAACCGCCGGCUUCCUUCAACUACGUCUCGCAGCCUCAAGCACCGAACAAUUCACUAUUCGCGCCCGCUGCCGACCUUUUGCAGUCCUCAAAUCAGCCGCAGUACCAGCUACCCAACUCGUGGCCGGAGCCACUCCAAUUUUCAGCGAUGUCCGGGAAUGAAAUCAUCGAGACUGUGAUGAAUGUCGGUGAUUUCAACUCGUCGCUCCUGGACAUACCGAUGCAGGAUCCAAACUCUUUCAUGUGGAUGGACUGGAUCAACCCCAUGGAUCCUGGAUUCUAAGCCGAAAAAGAGUCUCCUGUACGAUCUAACUCGCUGAACAAUUCGUCUGUCAUCGCCGAGUCUCUCAAUCCCCAUCACCAUCGUAGGCAACUCGGUCAACAUCUUGUCCACACGUCUCAAGCUCAUCCAUGCCAAGCUCUCACGACUCCGAAGAACGCGGUGUCCUUCCUUGUGGGUGCUCAACACGUACUCAAAUUGACACUGCACAACCUGCGCAGGCCGACUUCGAACGCUUGCUUUUCGCAAACGCGUGCAGCGUGUGGCAAGGACGCUUAAUUUCACCCUGCCUUCACAUGGAGCUAUCAGUUGACGACCCUG